AUUCGCUCAUCUGACGAUGUCGGAAUACCGGGUUUCUUCGAGUAAUUCCUAUCAAUCUAGCGAUUAAAUCGGAUUGCUUCUGUGAUUGUCUAUUUUGGCAAUCGACAGAAUUUUAGAUGAGUCAGUCCAAGAAAUUUUUGUUCUCACGUGUAAUAGUGGUAAUAGUAAAUGUAUGUUCAUAGAUGCUUAAAUCUGUAUAAAGUGCUGAUACUCAAACUCAGUUUUCAAAACCCGAACAUACUCAUGAUAUCGUGGCUUCGAAAUUGUUCGAAACUGAAAUCAGUUGGAUAUCGCUUGCAACACCACGUGACACCAGCCAUGCAGUGUACAUUGAACGCACUCUUUCAGUGUGCAGUUGAUUCCGUAAAACCAAAAACUUUGUUCAAGAGUUUCCUUGCAAAUGGUGAUGUUUCGGAUCAGCUUCAAAUUCCUGGCAAACGAUACCAUUUAGUUGGUUUCGGUAAGGCCGUCCUCGGAAUGGCCGUUCAGUUGGAAAAAGUUCUGGGCGAUCGACUGCACAGUGGUAUUAUCAGCAUUCCUGUAGGAACUCUAGAAAGGUUUGAGCACGACGAAGACUUCAAACUGAACAGUUCCACUAGGUUAAAGGUGCUUGAGUGUGCUAGAAACAAUCUUCCAGACGUCGAUUCAAUUGAUGCUGCUAGGAAAAUUAAGAAACUUGCUGAAAGUAUGACUCGGGAAGAUGUGCUAUGCGUACUUGUUUCGGGCGGAGGUUCUGCGCUACUAUCGCUUCCAACUGCCCCUAUUACACUGUCAGAAAAAUUAUUGGUAAUAAAAAAACUCGCGGCGGCAGGGGCUUCUAUCGACGAACUCAAUGUAGUGAGGAUAAAACUUUCCAAUGUGAAAGGUGGAAAACUGGCGCUAGCAGCGGAAAAUUCUUUCAAUUUGAUUAGUUUUGUGAUAUCCGAUAUAAUCGGUGACCCUUUGCCAUUAAUUGCCAGUGGACCAACAGUGAAAAGCUGUGCCACAAAUAUUGAUGCAUUGAAAAUCUUGGAAAAGUAUAAUUUGGUUGAUAUUCUACCUGAUUCCGUGAUGCAAGUGCUCAAUGCCACUGAGACUAAUUUGAGUGAGCAACAUUUGACUGGAAAGAUUCAUUUGAUAGGAUCAAACAUAACUGCUAUUGAUUGCAUUCUUGGAAAAGCUAAGGAAUUUGGAUUGAAUGCGAUGGCAAUAUCAAACAGAGUUCAAGGCAACGUCAAAGAUCUUAGCGAGGCGUACAUCAAAUUAGCAACGGCUUUCAUUCGGUUUCAUUCCCAGGAACUCGAUAAAUUGGGUUUUUCAAAGCAAAUCUAUCACAUUAAAAACUUACUUUGUUUCGAUCAAUCGAAAGUCAGUGAACUGGAGGAUUUGCUAACCAACGGCAACGGAGAAGAUAUUUUACUAGUCGCAGGAGGGGAACCUACUGUCGUCGUGCAGGGAAACGGGAUUGGUGGAAGAAAUCAGGAACUGGCUCUACGAUUUAGUCAGAAAUGUUUCCAGCAAAAAGAGUUGCUACAGGAUGUGAUACUACUUUCAGCCGGAACAGACGGUAUUGAUGGUCCUACCGAUGCAGCCGGUGCCAUUGGCAAAGCAAGCGUCAUUGAGCAAUACUUUCAGCAGGGUAUAGAUAAAACCGUUGAAGAUUUUAUUAGUGAUAAUGAUUCUUAUAACUUCUAUCGAAUGGUGCAGGACGGAAACUACCAUAUUGUGACUGGUCAUACUGGAACUAAUGUAAUGGAUAUACAUAUGCUGUAUAUUCCGCUAUCUAGACUGAAAAUUAAUAAAACAAAGUAG